UUUUACAUAUCAUGAAAAAUAACACAACGAUAUAAUUCAUGAAAUGAUCAAAAAAUUCUAAUAAAUUUUUAUAUAUAACAUUUAUAAAAAAUUUUCAUUUUAAACAUCAUUUUUUUUUAUAUCCAGUAAUUCUACAAUACGAAGUUAAAUGGUGAAAAUGACAUCUAUAGAUGAAGGAAAAUUAAAACAAAGUUUAUCAAAAUACCAAAAUUCUGAUAUUACAAAAAAACAUGUCAUAAAAGUUCUGAAUCUUUAUAAGGGUUUAAAAUAUAAUGUAGAACCAUUUGUAUUUAAUGACGGAUCACGUAAAGAAUUGUUUAAUUUACAAGGAACAAUACCUGUAUCUUAUAAAGGUAAUUAUUAUAACAUUCCUAUAUGUAUAUGGCUUAUGGAUACACAUCCUAAUAAUGCACCUAUGUGCUAUGUCAAACCUACUGCAGAUAUGAGCAUUAAAGUUAGUAUGUUUGUUGAUCAUAAUGGAAAAAUUUAUUUACCAUAUCUUCAUGAUUGGUUACCACAUUCAUCUGAUUUACUUAGUUUAAUUCAAAUAAUGAUUGUAACAUUUGGAGAACAGCCACCUGUUUAUGCUAAACCACGACAAGGUAUACAAACAACAAGUUCUACACCUUAUCCUGUACAGCCUUUCAUGUCUAUACCUGGAAGUGGAACACAUAUACCUGGUUCUAGUUUUUCAUCAUAUCCUCAAAACUCACAAUAUACAGGUGGAAAUAAUAUUUAUCCUCCAUACAUGUCUACAACAUCUUCUGGAUUUCCAUAUCAAGGUUAUGGUUCGUAUGGAGGAACUGCAUCAAAUUAUCCAUCACAAAGUUGUACUGGUUCUUUUCAAUAUCCUCCAUCAACACAACCAUCUCCAACAGUACCUGCUACUGUUGGUGCAUCAGGUACAAUUACAGAAGAACAUAUUAGAGCUUCAUUAUUAUCAGCAGUAGAAGAUAAAUUAAGACGAAGACUUAAAGAACAAUUUUCACAAUUGUCAGCUGAAUUAGAAACAUUACGUAGAACACAGCAAGAACUUACAAGUGGAUCUGCUCAUCUAACAGAUUUGUUUGAUAAAUUAAAAAAAGAGAAAACUGAACUUGAAAAAAAUAUUACUAUACUUCAAGAUAAAGAAGCUGAAUUGGAAAAAGAAAUUGCAAAACUUUCUGACAAUCAAUCAAUAGAUGUUGAUGAAGCUGUUACAACAAUCGCACCACUUUACAAACAAAUGUUAAAUGCAUUUGCGGAAGAAGCAGCCACAGAAGAUGCUAUCUACUAUUUAGGCGAAGCUUUACGUUGUGGUAUUAUAGAUUUAGAUGCAUUCUUAAAACAAGUACGACAACUUUCACGCAGACAAUUUAUGCUAAGAGCUCUUAUGCAACGCUGUCGUCAAAAAGCAGGAUUGGCUGGUUAAAUAUUUUACUCAAUUUUUAUCAAGUUGUGCUAUUCAAUAUUUUAUUUUAUUACAAACAAUAUACGCAAUACGAACUACAUAAAUCCUAUAAAGAUAUGUUAUAGAAAAAAAUAUCUUCGUUAUGGAAACAUUAAAUGCUGCAUAUACAAUAUAAAUUUUGUUUCAUGUUAUAUACAUUUUGUUUAUAACAAAGGACAAACAAAGUUUUUAUAUACAAAAAUUAACAAAAAAUAUACACACACACACACAUACGUAUAAAAUAAGGUUUAUAAAGGCUUUAAAUAAUUACAUAAAAAUAAAUAUCUUUGUUUUACAGAAUUAUAUUGUUUUACAGAAUUAUAUUUUUAAAUGUAUUUAUAUAUUCUUAUUUAAAAAUAUGUAAAAAAUGUGUACUUUUUAAUUGAUUUUUUAUAUUAUAAAAAAAAUUGUAUUUAAAAUAGUGAUUUUAAAUGUUAAGAAAUACAAAUGCUUAUUACUGUGUGAUAAAUAUGUAGAUUAAUCAUUAUAAUUGCAUGAUUUAGUAAAAA